UCCGGGGAUUAUGACGUCGACGCCUCCCCCCCCUACAACUGCUGAAAAUGGUUUCCUAGGACUUUGCAAACGGAUCUGCUUAAGUGUUGGUGCAAAACUUUGUAGAUCUCGGCUCUGGCUUGCUUUAUUUAUUUUUUGAUUUGUUUUCUUUGGUCUUCUCUCCUUACCCCCUCCGCCAAAAUGCAGGGGGCAGGAGUGUUGACAAUUAAUUGGUGAACUCUCCUAAAAAAAUGGAGGCAGAGAAAGACUCUGGAAGAAGAUUGCGCCCGAUUGACCGCCAGAGAUACGACGAGAACGAAGACGUGUCGGACGUGGAGGAGAUCGUUAGUGUCCGCGGCUUCAGCCUGGAGGAGAAGCUGCGCAGCCAGCUGUACCAGGGGGACUUCGUGCACGCCAUGGAGGGCAAAGAUUUCAACUAUGAGUACGUGCAGAGAGAAGCUCUCAGGGUUCCCUUGAUAUUUCGAGAAAAGGAUGGACUGGGAAUUAAGAUGCCUGACCCUGACUUCACAGUCCGAGAUGUCAAACUCCUAGUGGGCAGCCGGCGGCUGGUGGACGUGAUGGAUGUGAACACUCAGAAGGGCACAGAGAUGAGCAUGUCCCAGUUUGUGCGAUACUACGAGACACCCGAGGCCGAGCGGGACAAGCUGUACAACGUCAUCAGCCUGGAGUUCAGCCACACCAAGCUGGAGCACCUGGUCAAGCGUCCAACUGUGGUAGACCUGGUGGACUGGGUGGAUAACAUGUGGCCGCAGCACUUGAAGGAGAAGCAAAUGGAAGCCACAAACGCCAUUGCAGAGAUGAAGUACCCGAAAGUGAAGAAGUACUGUCUGAUGAGCGUGAAAGGUUGUUUCACUGACUUCCACAUCGACUUUGGAGGCACUUCCGUUUGGUACCAUGUUUUCCGGGGUGGGAAGAUCUUUUGGCUGAUUCCUCCAACCCUGCACAACUUGGCGCUGUACGAGGAGUGGGUGCUGUCAGGCAAACAGAGUGACAUCUUCCUGGGAGACCGUGUGGAGCGCUGCCAAAGAAUUGAGCUGAAACAGGGCUACACGUUUUUCAUCCCUUCCGGCUGGAUCCAUGCAGUCUACACCCCUGUAGACUCUCUGGUAUUCGGUGGAAACAUCCUGCACAGCUUUAACGUGCCCAUGCAGCUGCGGAUUUAUGAGAUCGAGGACAGAACACGGGUGCAGCCCAAAUUCCGUUACCCCUUCUACUAUGAGAUGUGCUGGUAUGUCUUGGAGAGAUACGUGUACUGUGUGACCCAGAGGUCCUACCUCACUCAGGAAUACCAGAGAGAAUCAAUGCUGAUUGAUACCCCAAGAAAGCCCAGUAUAGACGGCUUCUCAUCUGAUUCCUGGCUGGACAUGGAGGAGGAGUCUUGUGAGCAGCAGCCCCAGGAGGAGGAGAAGGAGGAGGAGGAGGAAGAAGAGGGUGCAGAUAAGGUGCCCAAGCCACCUGCCGAUGGCCCUGCCUCACCCACCAGCAUCCCCUCCGAGGACCAGGAGCCCCCCGGGAAGAAGCCCAAAGCACCUGCCCUGCGGUUCCUCAAAAGGACUUUGUCUAAUGAGUCAGAGGAAAGCGUCAAGUCCACGACGAUGCCCAUAGAUGACCCUAAGACGCCCACUGGCUCUCCCACCACUGAGGUCCCUGCCAAAUGGACCCACCUCACCGAGUUUGAACUGAAGGGCCUGAAAGCUCUGGUGGAGAAACUUGAAUCCCUGCCAGAAAACAAGAAGUGUGUCCCUGAGGGCAUCGAGGACCCCCAGGCGCUCCUGGAGGGUGUGAAGAAUGUCCUGAAGGAGCACGCUGAUGACGACCCCACUCUGGCCAUCACUGGGGUCCCCGUAGUCACCUGGCCAAAGAAGACUCCAAAGAACCGGGCCAUAGGGAGGCCCAAAGGGAAGCUGGGCCCCGCCUCCGCGUUCGGGGGCCCCGGGCGGAUGAAGCAGAGCUGCAUCAUGCGGCAGUGCAUCGCGCCAGUGCUCCCCCACACCGCCGUGUGCCUCGUGUGUGGCGAGGCGGGGAAGGAAGACACAGUGGAAGAGGAAGAAGGCAAGUUUAACCUCAUGCUCAUGGAGUGCUCCAUCUGCAACGAAAUCAUCCACCCUGGAUGCCUUAAGAUUAAGGAGUCAGAGGGCGUCGUCAACGAUGAGCUUCCAAACUGCUGGGAGUGUCCGAAGUGUAACCACGCCGGCAAGACCGGGAAACAAAAGCGUGGCCCUGGCUUCAAGUACGCCUCCAACCUGCCCGGCUCCCUGCUCAAGGAGCAGAAGAUGAACCGGGACAACAAGGAAGGCCAGGAGUCGGCCAAGCGGAGGAGCGAGUGUGAGGAGGCGCCCCGGCGCCGGUCGGACGAGCACCCCAAGAAGGUGCCCCCAGACAGCAUCCUGCGCCGAAAGUCAGACGACGUGCACCUGAGGAGGAAGCGGAAAUACGAGAAGCCCCAAGAGCCGAGUGGGCGCAAGCGAGCCUCGACACUUCAGACGUCCCCUGGUUCCUCCUCUCACCUCUCGCCGAGGCCCCCUCUAGGCAGCAGCCUCAGCCCUUGGUGGAGAUCCAGUCUCACCUACUUCCAGCAGCAGCUGAAACCUGGCAAAGAAGAUAAACUUUUCAGGAAAAAGGUACCCACUGUCCCUCCCCUCCCCUCCCCUUCCUUCACCUCCCGCCUGGACUGGGGCAGGAUCCUGGGAAGAGGGUGGGGAGGCCUGGGUGGAUGCAGCCCUGAGCGGGGACUCACCUGCCCUUGCCCCCGUCCUUCCUCAGCGGCGCUCCGGCGCUUCAAGCAGGAACCGGAGGACGACCUGCCGGAGGCGCCCCCCAAGACCAGGGAGAGCGACCACUCCCGCUCCAGCUCCCCCACGGCCGGGCCCAGCACCGAGAGCGCGGAGGGUCACGAUGAGAAGAAGAAGGUGAAAAUGCGCCGGAAACGGCGGCUCCCCAGCAAGGAGCUGAGCAAGGAGCUGAGCAAGGAGCUCAAUCAGGAGAUCCAGAAGACGGAGAGCAGCCUGGCCAAUGAGAACCACCAGCCCAUUAAGUCGGAGCCCGAGAGUGAGAACGAGGAGCCCAAGCGGCCCGUGGGCCUCUGCGAGCGCCCCCAUCGCUUCAGCAAAGGGCUCAACGGCACCCCCCGGGAACUGCGACACCAGCUGGGGCCCGGCCUGCGCAGCCCACCCCGCGUCAUCUCCCGGCCCCCUCCUUCCGUGUCCCCGCCCAAGUGCAUGCAGAUGGAGCGACAUGUGAUCCGGCCGCCGCCCAUCAGCCCCCCACCCGACUCGCUGCCCCUGGACGAUGGGGCGGCCCACGUCAUGCACAGGGAGGUGUGGAUGGCCGUCUUCAGCUACCUCAGCCACCAAGACCUGUGUGUCUGCAUGCGGGUCUGCAGGACCUGGAACCGCUGGUGCUGUGAUAAGCGGUUAUGGACCCGCAUCGACCUGAACCACUGCAGGUCCAUCACGCCCCUGAUGCUGAGCGGCAUCAUCCGGCGACAGCCCGUCUCCCUGGACCUCAGCUGGACCAAUAUCUCCAAGAAACAGCUGAGCUGGCUCAUCAACCGUUUGCCAGGGCUCCGAGACUUGGUGCUGUCAGGCUGCUCAUGGAUCGCGGUCUCGGCCCUCUGUACCUCCAGUUGUCCGUUGCUCCGGACCCUGGAUGUCCAGUGGGUAGAAGGGCUAAAGGAUGCCCAGAUGCGGGAUCUCCUGUCUCCGCCCACAGAUAACAGGCCAGGUCAGAUGGACAAUCGGAGCAAGCUCCGAAACAUCGUGGAGCUGCGUCUAGCAGGCCUGGACAUCACCGACGCCUCCCUGCGGCUCAUCAUCCGCCACAUGCCCCUGCUCUCCAAGCUCCACCUUAGUUACUGUAACCAUGUUACUGACCAGUCCAUCAACCUGCUCACUGCAGUGGGCACCACCACCCGGGACUCCUUAACAGAAAUCAACUUAUCAGACUGCAAUAAGGUCACUGACCAAUGCCUGUCCUUCUUCAAACGCUGUGGAAAUAUCUGUCAUAUUGACCUGAGGUACUGCAAGCAAGUCACCAAGGAAGGCUGUGAGCAGUUCAUAGCUGAAAUGUCUGUGAGUGUCCAGUUUGGGCAAGUGGAAGAAAAACUCCUGCAAAAACUGAGUUAGUCCAGGACUAGUGUGUAAAUACAGGGUGGGUGGGGGAAAGGGGCAGCGCCAUGGGGAGGGGAAAAGACUUUACAGAAACUAGGGCUUUUCUUUUCAAUUUGGAACUUGGAACAACAGACUACGGAGCGAUCCCAUUUUGCAAGUCUUGCCAAGGCAAUGCGGUUCCACCACCCAUUUUGGGGAUGAGUGAGCUGGACAUUUGGGUUAUUAUUAAUAGUAACUGCAAUGCUUUCUGGACCAUUUCUAAGGCGUCCUUUACCAAGAAGACAUUCCUGUUGGAGAGGAGGAUGAACUUUGGAGAAAUUCUCUUGCUGAAGCAUGAGCUUAGGAGUUUAUCUGGUUAUUUUUGUGGGUUUUUUUUUUUUUUUUUUUGGGGGGGGGGUUUUGUGGUGGUGUUUUGUUCUGGACACCUCAUUCCUUGCAACUCCGGGGUUUUGGUGUCAACAUUAAGUGGACCACACAACACAUCUGCCGUCUUGACAUAUUUUGUUUGGUUUUUGUUACAUCUUACAUUAUGAGGAAUUAUUUUUGUACAAAUUGUUUAAAAGUUAUUUAUGCAAGGUUUGAAUGCAUAUCAGUGUUUUUAUUGUUUUAUGAUUGCCAACUUUCCUGGUUUCCUUGAGGUCGGAGAGAACUUACCCUGGACUUCAUCAGCACAAAUACUCCAUCUAUACAUGUGCCCAGACCUGGCAGAGCAGGCUGAGACCUUCCGGUUAAAAGCAUGUUUACCUGGGAGCGGAGAGCCUGCUUUGGACGUUAAGAAAUUACAUAAGCAUGUUGUGCAUAUAUGUAAAGUAUAGUGGAAAUAAGACACUUCGCCAAGGUUCCCCUGUAUAGAAUUCACCCUUUUCUCAAAAAUUUUAAAAUUGAACUUCAACCUUUGCACUCAGGAGGGUUUGCUCCAGCAUGAGCUCUUGGACUCUACAUAGAUCUAAUUUAUAUGGUGAGCCAAGUAGAGUAAAUGACCCAACGUAGCCUUUCUUUUCCUUUUCUCUCUCCUUUGAGGUGUGAGCAGAGUUCUCGUUUCCGGUUUAUCACAUGGCUAUGUCCCAGUUGUAAAGAUAUGCAUUCAUAAGUGCCAUUGUUGUUUGGCGGUGUUUUCCUAGACCUUCCCGACUCAGUUUUACCUUUGUUGGAUUUGUAUAAACAAUUGUACAAAAAAAACCCCA